AUGUCGAAGGCCAAUGUCUCCAGUGUGAGCAUAUGUGCAGAGCAAAGUUCAAGGCCUAUAGAUCCGCUAGUGAGCGAUCUUGACUUAGAUAGCACUAUUGAUGAAAAUUUUGAUCAAAGUGCAGUGAACCGCGCGAUUUUAAUGAGUUUGAAUCGCUUAAACGAAAAUUUUACAAGCUUUACUGAGCAAUAUCAGGAAGAUGAUGUUGAAAUAGAUUCUCAGCCAACUGACGACCAUGUUGAGAAUCCUGAAAAUGUCGAUAUUCAGGCGGACAUUGAUAGUUUAAUUCAAUCAGGCGGACAAGUUGACCGUGUUAGUGCCGACAUCACUAAUGCCAAUGCAAAUGAAGCUGAAAUUUUGCAAUAUGAGCAACAAUUAGAUCUUAACGUUGAUGUUAAAGGGCCAGCAAUUAGUCAGAAAAUUGGCGAUUUGGUUAAUAAAUUGCGACUGCAAAGAGUAAGCCAAGAUCAAGCUAAAGCGAUCGCCAAACGUCAUAAUACACCCGAAAAUGUUCAAUUAUGCCUGCCUAAAUAUGAACCAAGUAUUUGGAAUGAAAUUCCUGGCAAGGCACGCGUUACAGACAUUAAAUUUCAGUCAACACAAGCUGCAUUGGUUCUAUUAAUUGCCAGCUUGAAGCAACUAAUUCCUUGCUGUCGGCCAAUGUGUCCAAAGAUGUUCUAA